UAGCUGGUAUAGAUGCAAGGUGGGGACAUCUCUUAUACUCUCUCUUUCUCUCUCUCUCUUUCUCUUACUCUCUCUCUCCGUUCAUUGCUACGGUUUUCAGUAAAGUUGCGUGUGUAAGACUUGGUAAGACUUAUGAUUCGUAGUCGUGCAUAGGCGGUGAAGUAUUGCAUUAGCAAUAAAAUACGAGUAUUCCAUGUAUCGUUCUCCUUGGUGAAAGAGCGCCUAUGUGCUUGGAUGUGAAUGCACCUCUAUUUUGUAUAUCUUCACAUUUUAUCGUGCGAUUUUCAAUAUGUGUCAGUGAUUGUUUGUUAGAAAUUUACGAAUUUCAUUAACCAUACCAAAAAUGUCGAAGCCUGGUGAUAAACAAACCUAUGCGCAGACAUAUAAACUGGUUGUCGUGGGUGGGGGUGGUGUCGGAAAAUCAGCGAUCACGAUACAAUUCAUUCAAAGUUAUUUCGUGACUGAUUAUGAUCCAACUAUAGAAGAUUCUUAUACUAAGCAAUGCGUUAUCGAUGAUAUUCCUGCAAAACUUGACAUAUUAGACACAGCAGGCCAAGAAGAAUUUAGUGCAAUGCGCGAGCAAUAUAUGAGAAGCGGCGAAGGUUUUCUUCUUGUGUUCUCAGUAACAGACCAUUCAUCUUUCGAUGAAAUGUUAAAAUUCCAUAGGCAGAUUCUUCGAGUAAAAGAUCGUGACGAGUUUCCUAUGCUUAUGGUUGGCAACAAAGCUGAUUUGGAUCAUCAAAGAAUUGUAUCAGUUGAUGAGGCUCAAAAUAUGGCUCGUCAGUUAAAAAUUCCUUACAUCGAAUGUAGUGCAAAAUUAAAAAUGAACGUUGACCAAGCUUUCUACGAAUUAGUAAGAAUUGUUAGAAAGUUUCAGUUAUCUGAAAGACCACCAUUGAAACAAAAUUAUAAAAAAAACAAAAAGAAAUGCUGCAUGUUGUAAUUACUAAUAUAUGCUUAAUUAACAAAAUGAUAUAAAAUAAUUGAACUGGAAUUGUAGCUAUAAACAAAAAUUAUGAAAUGUUCAAUGAUAAUAAUUGAUGAACAAAUGUUUAUAACUAUGAAUCAGUGCUAAAUUUUGUCGUAUAUGUAUUGUUGAAGUAAGGAAUAUUAUGAAAAGGUAUUACCUUUUGUUAAAUACCUAUCUAUACAAACAAAUAUUUGAUAUUAACUUUUAUCUAUGAAGUUAAUGUUCAGGUGUACAACUUUAAUUUAUUGGAACUUUUCUACAUGCUCUACAAAAUUUCAUAAUAUUUUUCUAAACAAAUGGUAUGUACUAAAUAUAAGUUUAAUUUCACAUUAAUUCAUACACAAUUAGAUUAGUAAUCACAAAAUUGAUAAACAUCACUUUUGAUAUUUUAUAAUGAAGUUAAAUAUUUUGGAUACAACAUUAUACCUCUAUAAAUAGUCAUUGUACCUCUUUGAUCAUAUAUUCCUUAAUUUAAGAAUAGAUAUAUUUUUUGUAACAUAGUCUCACUUACAACUAAUUAAUAAUACAUUGUAAAAAUAAUUGGCUAAUAAUCAUAUAGUAAUCAAUAAGAAAUAAUUUGUUUAAGUAUUAAGGAAAAGUUAGUAACGAAAACUUUAACUGAACCAACAUCUGUGAAAUAAGAAGCCGUUUUAUUAUUUUUAUAUCUUAUACACACCAAAUCAAUUUAAUUUAUUACUACAAUUAUAUUGUACUUUAAUAUGGUGAAUAUAAUAUAAUGUUUAAUUAGUGAAAUUACCAUCGAAUAUAUAACAUUUAAAAUGUUGAUAUUUGAAUGUUAUAUUUAAGGAACUUGUAAUUUAUACAAAAUAUAUAAAAUAUUAGAAUCAAAUUAUAUUUAUAAUAAUAGAUAAUAAUAUUAAAAUCGAAUAACGCAUUAUUUCGAAUUACAAUAUACAAUUUUAUACUACAGUUUACAUAACUAAAUAUUUGUUUUACUGCAUACUACCCCCAUUUUCGUUUUAACAAUUAGGAGAUGACGCAUAUUAUUAUAAAAUGGAAGUAAUAUUAAAAACAUUUUUCCAUAAUGUUUGCUUUUGGUAAAAUGUCUCAGUGAUAAAGAAAUGAUUUCAAAAUAACAUAUUAUAUAUGUUAAAUUUAUUUCACAUUUUUUAUAAUAUUUGAAAGUUAAACUAAAAUUUUAUAAAGUGAAUAUGUUACAAAUUAAACAAUUGGGUUAAACUAAAAAUAUCUAUAAGCAUGUCAAUUCAUAAUUUUGUAGAAGGUUACAAAUAAAAUAAAGGAAUGUUGCAGUACUUUUAUAAGUAUUUUAUAUUAUAUUAAUUUAACAUUAUUUGUAUGCAUUCAAAAAGAAAAAAAUACUGUAGAUAUGUGCAAUACAAUUUGGAAUGUAUUAGAAUUACCUUGCAUUCAAUUACUGAAUUGUUUUUAAAAUGCAUGGUAUGAAGACAGUUAACCAAUUAUGUAACUUAAAUUUAAGAAAUAAAAAUAUUUUACUAGAAUUAUUCAUAUUUAAUGUAGGUUUUAUUUAAUACAGGAAUAUUAAUAUUCCUGUAACUUUGAUUCGUGUAUUCAUUUUUAUUGAAAUGAAACAUUAUUCUAAGUAUUUGUUUCCAUAUAGGCAGGUAUCAAUGUUUAGCACUAAUGAAAUUGAUAACAGAGUACAGCCAAUAACAAUUCUAACAUAAAGCAACUGCUUUUAAUUAUUAGUCUGUUAAGUUUAACAAAAUUUUCAACAAGUAUCGUAUAUAUUUUGUGACAGAAAUAUUGUAACUGUACAUUUGACUAGAAAAUAUAAAUUAAUUUAUAAAGA